AUGCACGUCGACCUGCGCUUCUAUUCAAACAGCUUCCCAUCUCGCAAGCCAUCCAACGCUUUCGCCUGCAUUGCGCACGAUACAAUACCUACCUUCCCUCGCGUUCUUUCUGAUAUCGUCCAGAACCUUUUCAACGGCAAUAGAACCAAUGGCCAUGCCAUGCCCUUCGCUAAGACUAAAGGAUCCAGUAGUAACAAAGCCAAUCAGGUCCUCGACAUUUGGAACAAGGGGAUGUCCGUUCAUGUCAGAUUUGUUAGCUGCCGGAGAUACGGAAGAUGGAGGUUUGGCGAUAAGUUCAGCAGCAAGUUGACGUUUCAAAGAUUCUAA